AUGAAUUUUUUCAAGUUCUUAUAUAGAGAACCUAGUAAGCAUGAGGUGAACCAAAAGUUGAUAAAGCAUGUUAUAUAUUCAAAUGAUGAUGAAUAUUAAGGAGAAUUAGUAAAUGAUAAACGGCAUGGUCAAGGGACAUAUAAAUUUGUCUCUGGCAAUCGGUAUGAAGGAGAAUGGAAAAAUCAUUAAAAGCAUGGAAAGGGGAAAUUAUACUAUAAAAAUGGAGAAUUAUAUAUAGGUGAUUGGGUAGAGAAUAAAAAAUGUGGUGAGGGAAUGCAUUUUUAUAUUAAUGGUGAUAGAUAUGUAGGAGAAUGGAAAGAUGAUUAACGAGAUGGGAUGGGUUUAAUUUAUCAAUCAGACAACAACACUUUUUAUGGUAUCCAUACAAAGUAACUAUAGGAUAAUUCAGAGUGAAUAAAAAAUUUGGAACAGGCUAUUUGUUUAAUUCAAGGGAGAGAAAAUAUUAUAAACAACAGUAUGAAUAAGAUAAUCUAUUGGAUAAUGUAUAAAUAGAUGAACCUCCUUAAGUUGUAUUAGAGAAGUUUCAUGUGAAGGCUGAGAAAAGUCAUAUUGAAAGGGAGAAAAUGGAAAAUCAUACGAUUAAUAUUGAUAUAAGUCCUCCUAUUUAAGUGGAUGGCGAUAAAAUGAAAGAUUAAGUUGUAAAUUAAUAAGGAGAAUAAGAUUUGCAAUAAAAAGUGGACUGCUAAUCGAUAUAACUAACCAGUUCACAUCAACAUGGAUUUUUAAGUUUAUAGGUUCUGGAAAAGAUUGAUCAAUUUGAGAAUCAAAAGAAUAGUAAUUUUCAUUAUUUAAAAUUCAGUGUAGGAAUGGCAACUAUAAGAAGUAUGUGGAUGGCUUGAUUCACUUGACCUAGGAGAAUACAAAGAAGAAUUCAUUAAAAAUUAAAUGGCUGGAAAGACGCUUUACGGAUUAACAGAUAAUGAAUUGAAACAAGAUUUAGGGAUAUCUGUCCUAGGACAUAGAAAGAAGAUACUUUAAUCGAUAGAAGAGUACAAAAAAUACUAUAUGAAAUUUAUGGAGGGCAAAAUCAGAUUAAAAAAACCCUUGGAAUCUUUGGAAGAAAGAAAAGGUUUAUAUACAUCAAUUGAAUAAUAACGAUUUAAAAGCAUAUUCUCAUAUAUGGAGAAGAUUGAAGAAGAACAAAAUGAAUAUCCCGAUAAUAAUAAGAAAGAAUCAAGUAGCGAUUCUUAUAACAGUUAUAGAAAAAAAAGAAAUACAAAAGAAUCCUAAAAGUCUCCAGCAAGGUCGAUCUCUAAUGAUUCUGAUUAGAGCAGUCUUAGUGAUAAUGACAAGUCUGUAAAAUUAAAAAGAUAGAAAAGUAAGAGAAGCAGAAAAUAAUAAAGAAAAGUUANUUAAUUAAUUAAUGAAUUUUUUCAAGUUCUUAUAUAGAGAACCUAGUAAGCAUGAGGUGAACCAAAAGUUGAUAAAGCAUGUUAUAUAUUCAAAUGAUGAUGAAUAUUAAGGAGAAUUAGUAAAUGAUAAACGGCAUGGUCAAGGGACAUAUAAAUUUGUCUCUGGCAAUCGGUAUGAAGGAGAAUGGAAAAAUCAUUAAAAGCAUGGAAAGGGGAAAUUAUACUAUAAAAAUGGAGAAUUAUAUAUAGGUGAUUGGGUAGAGAAUAAAAAAUGUGGUGAGGGAAUGCAUUUUUAUAUUAAUGGUGAUAGAUAUGUAGGAGAAUGGAAAGAUGAUUAACGAGAUGGGAUGGGUUUAAUUUAUCAAUCAGACAACAACACUUUUUAUGGUAUCCAUACAAAGUAACUAUAGGAUAAUUCAGAGUGAAUAAAAAAUUUGGAACAGGCUAUUUGUUUAAUUCAAGGGAGAGAAAAUAUUAUAAACAACAGUAUGAAUAAGAUAAUCUAUUGGAUAAUGUAUAAAUAGAUGAACCUCCUUAAGUUGUAUUAGAGAAGUUUCAUGUGAAGGCUGAGAAAAGUCAUAUUGAAAGGGAGAAAAUGGAAAAUCAUACGAUUAAUAUUGAUAUAAGUCCUCCUAUUUAAGUGGAUGGCGAUAAAAUGAAAGAUUAAGUUGUAAAUUAAUAAGGAGAAUAAGAUUUGCAAUAAAAAGUGGACUGCUAAUCGAUAUAACUAACCAGUUCACAUCAACAUGGAUUUUUAAGUUUAUAGGUUCUGGAAAAGAUUGAUCAAUUUGAGAAUCAAAAGAAUAGUAAUUUUCAUUAUUUAAAAUUCAGUGUAGGAAUGGCAACUAUAAGAAGUAUGUGGAUGGCUUGAUUCACUUGACCUAGGAGAAUACAAAGAAGAAUUCAUUAAAAAUUAAAUGGCUGGAAAGACGCUUUACGGAUUAACAGAUAAUGAAUUGAAACAAGAUUUAGGGAUAUCUGUCCUAGGACAUAGAAAGAAGAUACUUUAAUCGAUAGAAGAGUACAAAAAAUACUAUAUGAAAUUUAUGGAGGGCAAAAUCAGAUUAAAAAAACCCUUGGAAUCUUUGGAAGAAAGAAAAGGUUUAUAUACAUCAAUUGAAUAAUAACGAUUUAAAAGCAUAUUCUCAUAUAUGGAGAAGAUUGAAGAAGAACAAAAUGAAUAUCCCGAUAAUAAUAAGAAAGAAUCAAGUAGCGAUUCUUAUAACAGUUAUAGAAAAAAAAGAAAUACAAAAGAAUCCUAAAAGUCUCCAGCAAGGUCGAUCUCUAAUGAUUCUGAUUAGAGCAGUCUUAGUGAUAAUGACAAGUCUGUAAAAUUAAAAAGAUAGAAAAGUAAGAGAAGCAGAAAAUAAUAAAGAAAAGUUACAUUAGACUUGUAAAAGUCAGGAGAUUCUGCUGAUGAUGAAGAAGGAAAAUAACAUUUAUCAUCCCCAAAAUGUAGUUAAUUAUAUCAAUUACAUAGAAUCCCCGAAUAAAAUUGGUAAUAACACAAGUGAUUAGAAAGUAGACAUGCUUACUUUAAAUGAUUACAUUAAUGGUGCUGAAGAGAUUAAAGAUAAAGAAUCAAAUAUAACAUUUGAUUUUUCUAGACAAUAAUCAACAAAUAAAUAAGAAUUUUCUGAGUUUGUAUCUUCAAAAAGUCCUCCAUAAAUUAAUGUAAUUAAUGAUGAGCUAAACCAACUUCAAUUAGAAAAAUUAUAAUCUAUUACUUUAUAGUUGUCACGUUAGAAAUCAGAACCUUAUGGGAACAAGUUCUAAGAUCAAGAUUCCUCAAGUUAAGAAUCAGAUGUAUCUGGAAAUGAUUCAAGCUCAGAUUCAUCUGAUGAUGAAAAAAUAAAAAAAAAAUAAAGGAGAUAAAAAGAAAUUAGAAAAGAAAAAGAAAAAGAUGAUAGGCAACAGCAUCAUUUACCAAAAAAAUUAUUAUUUAUGCUUAAAGAGUUUGGCAUAAAUGAAAGAGUACUCAUAGUUUUCCAUGAAUUGAUUAUAGGAUAAAUAAUAGGAGAGGGAGGAUAUGGAGUAGUUCAUAAAGGUAAGUGGCUUGGUUAAGAUGUUGCUAUCAAAUCUUAUGGUAAAAGGAAAUCCUAAGGAAAUUUGAAAUAUAAAAUAUAAAUGGCAGAUUUCUUAAAAGAAGUUGAAGUCAUAUCGAAUCUUCGUCAUCCAAAUAUUGUUUUAUAUAUGGGAGUUUGUAUUAGGAAAUAGAAUUAUUAUUUAAUCACUGAAUAUCUAGAAGAAGGUAGUCUUUUUGAUCACUUACAUAAAAAGAAAACACAUAUCGACCAAAAGGCUUUGAUGUAAAUAGUUGAGGAUAUAGCGUUAGGAAUGAAUUACCUUCACGGCAGAAAGGUAAUGCAUUGCGAUUUAAAAUCAUCUAAUGUUUUGAUAGAUCAAAAUUGGAAUGUCAAGUUAUGUGAUUUUGGUUUAUCUAGAAUCAAUAAAAAAAUAGAUCAUAAAAUUAAUAAGGGAGCUAGAAUAGGUACGCCACAUUGGAUGGCUCCAGAGAUUAUGAGAGGAGAAGCCUAUUAAGAAAAAGCUGAUGUCUACAGUUUUGGGAUGAUCUUAUGGGAAAUUAUAACCUAAUAAAUUCCUUAUGAAGGCUUAUCCUAAACCUAAAUAAUUGGUUCUGUAGGGUAUGGUUAAGAUCAAGUGCCAAUACCUUUUCAAAGCAAUCCUCCUAUUUUACUUCAUUUGGCAAAGAAAUGUUUAAAGAAAAAUCCAGACGAAAGACCCACUUUUGCAGAUAUUGUGAAUGAAAUUCAAUAGGGGUAAAAAACAGACGCUAAAUUGAAAAGUAUAAUUAUCAAAAAUAUAAUAUUUUAGAAUAAGCAAUACGGCAGCUCAUUGACUUUUUUGAAUGA